AAUAAAACCCUCAUGCAGAGAAGCCCCUAAACAGCCGCAAAGGAAAUUGCAUGACAAUUGGCAAAGAGUGUAUAGGAGUGUAUAGUGUCUGUGUUUGACAGGGGUGAUAUUUGAUGGCACUGAGUGGAAAGAAGAAAAUAAGAAUGGGGAGAAAGAAAAGAAGCGUAAAUACAAAUUGCCUCACCUAAGCCAUCGAUUCAGUCCAAGUGAAGCUAGUAUAUAAAUGAAAAUCGGGUAUUUUAGUUGCAAGCUGUAAGAUGCAAGUUUAUGAGAGAAGCGUAUAAUCGUCAUUAUUAAUUGUAAUAUAAUACUGUAUCACUGUAACUCCAUUACGGAUGAAUUACAAAUGUACUCCGACUUCUUUUUCUCCUUCCAACUAUUCAAUUUCCCCGUGUUCUUCUCUACCUCAGACUUCAUCGCCCUGUGAAUGUAUAUUAGCAGUCAACAGUAGCGGGCGAGGAAAGGGGGCAAACUACUUUGUACUUCUGGGACUUGGAGUCUUGUUCCUUUUCCUCCUGCGCUAACCUCACUUCCCCUUAUCGAAGGAGUUCUUUUUUAUAUAUAUAUAUGUAUCCAUUGUUAGUAUGCGCGGAAAAAGCUACGGACUACAUUUCCCAGAAGGCUUCGAGAGGGAGAGUAAAUGGUUAGGGAGGCGCGGCCAAGGGAGGAAAGGGGAGUUGGAGCCUUUGCUGAGGUGGGCUGGUAUUGGAGGGUGGAGGAAUCUCUUCCCUUGCGCGCAGUGGUAGAGAGCCUGGAGAAAAGGGGGAGCGGUGGUUAGAAGGAGGAAGAGGAGCAGGCACAGCGGCAGCAAAGGCGGUGGUUCUCGCUGCUACCGCUUGGGGUUGUGAGGAGACAUUGCCGCCGGCUGCCGAGCAAAGCGGGCAGGAGAGCCUGCACGCCGGGAGACCGACACGACCUCCACUGUUGUGUGGUCUGGUGGAGAGAAGGACGAGGCAAGACAGCGAGAGAGAAAGAGAGAGAGAUAGGGGGAAGGGGCGGAAAGAUGAAAUGAAACGAACAAAGGCUGGCCGCUGAGCCCGGGGAAGGGCUUGAGAGACGCUCAGGAAGGCUGGGCGGCCGCCCUUCUUUCCCUAACCAAGAAGAGCCGUGCGAGGCGGACACUCACGGCACAGUUACUGCGGUCGCCGCUGCCUUCCAAGCGCCUGGCAAUGAAACCAAAAGGCAAAUCCCGAGGUGGUGGUGGUGGCGGCGGCGGCGGCGGCGGCUGGUGCUCCGUUUGCCGCCGGUCUCACUGAUUCUGAUCUCAGCCACUGAACGGUUUGAGGUCUCAUCCCCCUUCAUAACUGAAGAGGUGUAAUCCUAAGUGUCUCUGUCUCUUCCGCAAAAGACGAGGUGGCAGAAGAAGAAACAGCAGAGCGCGUCUAUUUUAUAACCGUCUUCCUUCUUCUCCUCACCAGCAACCUCCAUCGCCCUCAUCUGCUUUUGAACGGGGGCGCGUUGAUAUUGGAAGCAGAGAGGGAGAAGCUGGUGGUGUGCGCUGUUUCUGCUGCGAUCGUCGUUGGUUCAGAUCAUUUCUUCUCCAUACACUGCCUUUGGCGAUGCGAACGAAACGGUGGCUGCUUUUGCUUUGCCUGGCUGCUGGAGAUAAGUCUGGGUAAAGUGGAAGGGAAAAGUCGUGUGCUGCUACUCCUUUCAUCGACUUCUCUUUUCCUGUUCAGCUGGAAGGCAACAUUCGAAUUAAGUGUUGUAGGACUGUUUGGGGUUCACUUGUUUGAAGGAGGGGCGAAGGAUUCUGUGGGAUGCCAACUGAUACCUCUGGACCGGGUGGGAGAUGGAACCUGGAUAUCUCCAGGAUCUGAAUAAUUCCUGCCGUUCAACUAUUAUGAGUUGCAUAGAGAAACUCCAUUGUUGACUUGGUCAAACGUCUGAAAGCCUAAUCUGUAAGAGUACCAGAAGGAAGAAGAGUAUGAGGAGCAGUGGGAAUCUAUAAUAUAUGGUUUUGGAAAUAGUUUCCUUACAUCUGUCUUGCCCUGAAAUCAAUUUACUUUUCUGAAAUAAAGCAUCAAUAGGUUAUUUUGAAGAUUGGCUUAGAAUAUGCCAAAUAUCCUCUUUUUCCAGGGAUAAAUACUGACCACAUUUACUUCAUGAUUGGAAAACCUCUCCUAUAGCAAGAAAAUAUAGGAAGUGAUGCACAAACUAAUAUAAAAGCAACAAGAAUACUCUGAAUACAGAAGCUAUAGUAAAUUGAAUAGUAUGGAUUGUUUCACAACUGUUGGCCUAGGAUCUAGAGUUUCAUGUUUGGAAGAAUUAAUUGGAAUUUUUGAGGUAUAAAAUGAACUAUAUUAAAGUUUCUUAAUAAAUGUUUGUGGCAGAAAUCUAUUCAGUUACAGAACUGCUUGCCUCAAAUCUUGAACAAAACAUCCUUAAAGAUGGGGAUGUGAAAUGAAAACUGAGCACCUCAUUAAAGAAAGGCACAAUGCUUCAAAAUCCUUUAAAAAAUUGUGAUUAAUUUACAGUUGAUUUAUAUUUUAACUUUUCUAGUUCCUAUUUUGCUGUAUGAUUAUGCACUUCUAAAGAACUAUUUUGGAUUAUUUUUAUUCUGUAUUCCAUAUUGUGGAGAAAAGAAGUCUAUUUAACACUUUUGGAAUGUCAGCUUUGGGGUUUCCAUGGUUAACUGGGUAUUUUAUAAUGCCCCAAUAAACUUAGUUUAAUUAAAUAACCAACACUGGCUUCUGAAAAAUACCUUAUCAAGAAUUGUUUUGGGGAGGUGUUCCCCUCCUUAUUCUCCCUUGAUGACUCCUGGAGGUGGUGGUGGAGGACCCAUGAAAGACUGUGAAUACAGUCAGAUCAGCACUCACAGCUCCUCUUCUCCCAUGGAGUCUCCGCAUAAGAAAAAGAAAACAACUUCCAAAAGAAAAUGGGAGGUUUUCCCUGGAAGAAACAAAUUCUUUUGCAAUGGAAGGAUCAUGAUGGCCCGCCAGACUGGAGUCUUCUACCUAACACUUGUCCUUAUCUUGGUUACCAGUGGACUCUUCUUUGCAUUUGAUUGUCCAUAUUUAUCAGAGCAGAUUACACCUGCUAUUCCUGCAGUAGGAGCAGUUCUGUUCUUUUUUGUGAUGGGAACCUUGCUGCGUACUAGCUUCAGUGAUCCUGGAGUCCUGCCCCGUGCCACACCGGAUGAAGCAGCAGAUCUGGAAAGACAAAUAGGUAACACAGAAGAAAUGGCAAACGGAUCUAGUUCUGGAGGGUACCGUCCACCUCCCCGAACAAAAGAAGUACUUAUCAAUGGGCAGACAGUGAAAUUAAAAUACUGUUUUACCUGCAAGAUUUUCCGUCCACCCCGAGCUUCCCAUUGCAGCCUUUGUGAUAACUGUGUAGAACGGUUUGAUCACCAUUGCCCAUGGGUUGGCAACUGUGUGGGGAAAAGGAACUACAGAUUUUUUUAUAUGUUUAUUUUAUCUUUGUCCUUUCUGACAGUCUUUAUAUUUGCAUUUGUUAUCACCCACAUCAUCCAUCGAUCUCAAAAAACAGGGUUCUUAAAUGCACUCAAGGACAGUCCUGCAAGUGUGCUGGAAGCUGUGGUAUGUUUCUUCUCAGUUUGGUCCAUUGUUGGGCUCUCAGGUUUUCAUACUUAUUUGAUCAGCUCCAAUCAAACAACAAAUGAGGAUAUCAAGGGAUCUUGGUCAAAUAAACGAGGUAAAGAGAACUUCAAUCCCUACAGCUAUGGCAACAUUUUUACUAACUGUUGCUCUGCACUUUGUGGGCCCCUCUCUCCCAGCUUAAUUGACAGAAGAGGAUUUAUACAACCAGAUACUCCACAGACAUCAGCUCCCUCAAAUGGCAUUACAAUGUAUGGGGCCACACAGUCUCAGAGUAAUAUGUGUGAUCAAGAUCAGUGCAUUCAGAGCACUAAAUUCGUUUUGCAGGCUGCUGCCACUCCACUUCUCCAGAGCGAUCCCAGCAUAAGUAGUGAAGAGCUGCGUUUCCCUGGAAAGACCUCUAUCAGUGCUCCCUGUGCCACAUUAACACUAGGGCAACCAACACCACCCUCCUCCAUGCCAAAUCUCACAACAGAAACAGGUUUGACAGACAUGAUGCCAUUAAAGCAGGACCCUGAAAGUCAUCAGUUUCUUACUCCUGAGGAGGCACCUUCACCACCUGGUAUGUUGCCAAUUGGAAGUCCAAUGACACACAGCCGUACCAUGCAUAUCCUCAGCCUAGCCAGCCAAGAUUCAUUACAUGAAGACUCAGUACGUGGCCUUGUGAAACUCAGCUCAGUCUGAUCGAUUUUAAAUUUGAGAGUGAUUUACCAACAAGAAAAAGGUGCAAUGCCGCUUUUGGACUACAUGAUGUAUAUAAGUUACUGAAACUUUACUAUAUAACAAAGUCUAUUAAAAGGACAGUUUAUUUUUGUGCAGUGAACUUACAACAUUUGUUUAAUAGCCAAUUUAUUGGUGGCUUGGAUCUGAUGGUGACAUUGUCUAAUUAACCGGAAUGCACACUAAACUUGUUUGGUGACUAAUGGUAUCCAGCAGCUUCAACUCCUGGUACUACAAAGUUGAUUGUUAUAGUACUGAAAAUAUUACUGGAACUAAGCAUCCUAUUCCAUGUUUUAUGACAUCAUUUGUGUAUAUUGCCUUUGUACCAGGAUCUGGGAUACCCUUUUCAUGUGACUGUGCUAUUAAUAUUUGAAACAGAAAAUUACCAUUUGAUUAAUGCAAAACCAAUAAGGACUUCAAGUAUGGAUGUGCAUGCCACGCUACAGUGUAUGUUACAGUAGUGUUGGUAUUGAGCGGAAGUGCUGCUUUAUUAUUUGUGAGUUCCAAAGUGCUGUUUUAUGUAAACAACAGUACAACAAAGAAAUGGACAGAUUUUUUAAAAAAAUCAACUUAGUCAAGUUCCUUAUACAUGAAUGAUCUGGUUGUAUUUCAAAUGUGGAGGGCUACCAAGUUUUGCAUAUCAUUUAAUUCUGAGUGUGGUGUUCCAUACCACGGAGUUCUUUCUUCACCCACCCACCCACUCAUGAGAUUGCAUUGGAUGUGGGUAUCCAAUAAAAUGGCAUCCUCUAUUUCUUUCAAUGUGAUAGCCAUGCAGAGUUGACAGCAAAAGAGCUAUGUGUAGAUUGCAAAUUAUUUUUCCUUAGGAUGAUGCAACUGAGUCCAAAGGAAUACUCCAAAUUAACUAAUGAUCAAUUUUAGUAUUCUGUGUGGUUUUACAAUUAUACUGUUUAAUUUCAGGGCAGUUUUUACAAUAUGCCUACAAUUGACAUAUUGAAGGGACUUGGAUCUAAUGAAUCCCCCAUGAAUAGAUGGGGGACAAUCAUCACUCAUUUCCCCCUAUGCCUCAUGAAAAUCUGCUUGGGACUGGAUCCCUCCAGAUCAGCAAAGGAAUAAUGCAGGGGGGCUCCACCUAUGAGUAAUAAUUGGCAGAAUUGCUUCCUACUCCCUUGCAUUUGUAGGAGCCUCUGCUAGGUCAAUUGCCCUUUUAUUCAAAGAAGGACUCCUUUAAGUCAAGUCCAGUAUCUCAUUUUGAAGCCCAUAGCAAUGGUACCCAAAAGAAUCUGAAGCAGAACAUUUGCAAAUUAAGGGUGUCAGAGUCUAGGUUUUGGCAAAGGAAAAGAUGUCACUGGAAUGUACCAAAGCUAUAUGUGAUCAAUAGCUGCCAUUCAGUCAUGGUUACUCUCAACAGUAUAUUUCAUUUUUUAUUUAAAUUUGAUUUAUGAUACAAAAUUACUUCAUGCUUUGAGAUUAAACCAUAGCUAUGGCUUAAAAUAAAUUCCCCUCAGGGACAGCUCAAAAAGAACAUGCAAUGAGAAUUCAAAUUUUAUAUAUUGCUGCAUCUUGCCUUGUUUUUUAAGAUGCUAUGACCUGCAAUAAUGUUUUCUCAGGACAAAAUUUAGUGUAAUGUGUUUUCAAAAAUUUUAAACACCACUGCAGGCAACUACUUUUAAAAAUCAUGAAGACAUGAAUUCAUUGCAGCUGUGACACAUGGAAAAAUACAAUUAAAAGGAAAAUAAAAGCACAACGUUUUAAUUGGAAUAAGGCCAUCUCUAAGAAAUGCCAGAUGACAUAGUGGCAAGAACCUUCACACUGUGUGCAAUUUUAUAAAAGAUAUUAUUUUUCUCUGAACAGUGAUGCAGUCUAUCACUUCGUUUGCAUGUAUAGACGAUAGCUAGAGAAAAUUUUGAUAUCCACAGGUUUCUCUUUAUUCCAUUUUGCAGAAAGCUAUGCAUGAUCUGCAGUUAUCUGGUUGUGAGCCAUUAAAAUGUAAUGGUUGUGAGCCAUUACAGUGUUUACAAGCUUUCAUAGAAAGGGAUAUUUCCUCUUUUCCUGUCUGACCUCAUAGGAUUUCUUUAAAAUCCAGCAUAUAUUUUCUUUAGCGCAUGCCUAUUCCAAAGAAACAACAACAACUUUGAGAUGAAUUCUCUUGGCUUAAUGUUUGAUAGCUGUACCAGCAGGAGCUGUAUAGAAGAGCUUAAACAGUUAUAAGAAUGACUAUCACAGCACUGAUUUGAGAAAACAUUUUCAGUGGAGAUGGAGUUUACUUCCCUGGCAUAAAUUUUACUAGUCUCCAUACAACAGCCAAACAUGUCAUAGGUAACAAUCCUAAAUCAGUUUUUAAGUUUUUAAGUUAGUAAUGUGAUUAAGAGUGCAGAGAUACUUAAUGCAAGUUAUACUUCAUAUCCUGAAAAUUUGGUGGACUUUGAUUUCUUUCUAACUGUUCCUAUCUCUCACACUAUGAUUUUGUAACAUUUUUAGUGAGAAAAAAAAAUAGUAAAACAAACCUUGCCUGUUUGGCUCAUUGCAUUAAAAUACAGUUCUUAGUCAUUUCUGAAAAUUGAAGGUGAAGGUCCACAUAAGCAAUUAUUUUAUUAAAUUAUUUUUUAAAAAAAAGACAAAUAUUUGAUUAGUUCAAUGUAUCUGUUUAAUAAAACACAUCUGCAUAUUUUACAAAUUCAGCUGACACUAGAAGAUGGAGCCUCCAUUCCCUAGUUAAGAAAAUCAACGCUGAUUAAUAUUUUACUUUGCCAUUAUAAUUUCACAGCUGUGGAGUUUACACAAAGGAGUGGAACUGUUUAAAAAUUCAUCUGCUUACAUUUUCAGAGGAGUACUUAGGGUUUUGCUUUUUUGCUUUUUUUUUCUGGUAAAAGCAUUUGGAUUCUCUUGCCAAUAGAAAAUAGCAGCAUUGUACAUGGUGUUCGUCCAUAAUAUGGUUCUGGUGGUGUCCUUACUGUGGCAGGGGUGUAAGAAUGUUAUCAUGCGGUUGUUGUUAUGCCUCUUUCUGUCUCUUACUUUCUCUUAUGUGAAGCUUUAAAAUGCUGCACUGCCACAUUAGAAUACCUUGUUUGGUUUACUUAGUGCUUGAGGGAAAGGAAUGCUUGAUGACAGAAAUAAAGUACUGUGAAUACCUAUUUUAGAGCAAAUUUAUUCUUUCCAUUUGCAUCAAUGUACAGUAAUUUUUGCAGUUUAUAUUUUGAUUUGUGUUGAAGAAUAAAAAUACAGCAUUUUUAA